CAGUCUUUUUGCUAGAAUCAGAAUGGGAGAAGUGGCUGCUCAGAUUCCGACGAGUUUCGGCCACGAGCUCAGGGCUUGUCUUCGUUGCCGCCUCGUGAAGACCUACGAUCAGUUUAGGGAUUCUGGGUGCGAGAAUUGUCCUUUCUUCAAAAUAGACGAGGACCCUGAGCGUAUCGUUGAUGUUACCACCCCUAAUUUCAACGGUACAAUCUCUAUGAUGGAUCCACGCAGAAGUUGGGCUGCGAGAUGGUUAAGAAUUGGUAAAUUCGCUCCUGGUUGCUACGCUCUUGCUGUCUCUGAGACACUCUCAGAGGAUAUGCAGUCACUAUGCCAAGAAGUGCGAGUGCAGUACAUUCCGCCAAAACGCAUUUGAAGCCCUUUUUGCAUCAUGUCUGACAUCUCUCCUGCAAGUCGUCAUCAUCAUCUUCAAGAAGCCAGAGUGUGAGAGAAUCCAUGGACGCUGCCUAUUAAUAGAAGAUGUUUACUAGUAACUAUAUUUUUUUAUGAUUUUUAAAACUAAUCUUAAGAUUCAGAGUUUUGUUUUGCCAACAAAGAACAUCUCUUGCAACUCAUAUGAAUAAAAAACUACAAAAA